AUGAGAGCUGUAUGGAUAAAGCGACCAUUCCUCUCACUGGCCGGGGUUGGGCUCCUCAUCUACAUUGGUACUUUUCUAAAAGGCAUGUAUGAACAUAGAGGAGGGGAUGACAAGGAGAUGGACAUGCCGCAUAUAGCCAGGGAUUUUUCUGGCAUGGAGGCAAUCAUCAGCAAUCUCUACAAAGUAUUCAGUUCUUUAGAACAAAAGCAGGAUGCCAUGCAGAAAUUACUCGAGGAAGACAGGGACACACGAAGAGUGGCCGCAGAGGUUGAUCAGAUACCUGCCAGAAAACAGCCAGAGCAGAAAGAGAAAAGGGAAACAAAGAACAAGGACCAUGAAAAGAUCCAGCACCAUACAGAAAAAAAGUCAAAAUUACUGUACCCUCACUCUGCCCUGUUCAAGGAGUGGGGGACGAAUCUGUCUGAGGAUGAACAAAGAGAGGCAGAGGGAUUGUUUAAGAAGUAUGGAUACAAUGUUUUUCUCAGCGAUCGCCUUCCUCUAGAUCGACCUCUGCCAGACACCAGGGACCCAAGAUGUGCAAAGAAGAGUUAUCCAAAGGAUCUGCCGAGUAUCGGAGUCGUGCUGAUCUACCUGGACGAGGCUCUGUCUAUUCUCAAGAGAGCCCUGCGCAGCAUCAUCGACCGCACCCCUAGACACCUGCUGAAGGAGAUAAUAAUGGUGGAUGACAACAGCUCCAAUGAGGACCUCAAAGAAAACCUUGAUAUAUACGUGAAGUCACUGGAGCAGCAGAACCCAGGUCUUCUUAUCACAAGAGUGAGGCACAACGAGCAGCGAGGCCUUGCUGCUGCCAGGGCGUCUGGAUGGAGAGCGGCCACUGCAGAUGUGGUGGCUAUCCUGGAUGCACACAUUGAAGUACAUGAGAUGUGGGCUGAACCCCUGCUAACCCAGCUCAAAGGUGACCGAACAGUGGUGGUGUCACCUGUGUUUGACAAAGUCUUGUUCGACGACCUCAGGGUGACUCCGUACCAAUCAGCUGCACACGCCUUCGACUGGGCUUUAUGGUGCAUGUAUGAGUCCUUUUCUCCUGACUAUUACAAACUCAACGACAACUCAUUACCUGGAAAGAGUCCGUCCGUCAUGGGCAUUUUUGUUGCUGAUAGAAAGUUCCUCGGAGAAAUUGGAGUUCUUGAUGAAGGGAUGACCGUAUACGGAGGAGAAAAUGUCGAGCUAGGAAUUCGUGUGUGGACAUGUGGAGGGAGUGUUGAAGUAGUGCCCUGCUCCAAGGUCGCCCACAUCGAGAGGCACCACAAGCCCUACAUGCUCGAUCUUGCCCCCGCCAUGAAGAGAAACGCCCUGAGGGUAGCAGAAGUCUGGAUGGAUGAAUACAAGAAAAAUGUUAACAUUGCUUGGGGUUUACCAUUAGAGAAUCAUGGAUUUGACAUUGGGGAUGUUUCGGAGAGGAAACAACUCAGAGAAAGAUUGAAAUGUAAACCCUUUAAAUGGUACAUUGAAAAUGUGUAUCCUAAGCUGGAUUCCUUGGACGUACUAGCUUACGGAGAAAUGAGGAAUCUUGAUGCUAACAUGUGCAUUGACCGAGGCCCAGUGCCGGGUCAUACACCUAUCGCCUAUGUUUGCCACCACUAUGGACCCCAACACACUUAUUACCGUGAAAGUGGUGAGUUCUACAUCGGUGGCAUCAAGUCCCACAAGUACAAUGACAACCGGUGUUUAACUGACGUUGGCGAGGAAGAAACCUUCCCCGGCCUUUAUGACUGCAAAGAGGCUGCACGGACCGGAAUGGGGAUUUACUGGGACUUCACUCAGGGCAAAGAACUCAAGAGCAGACGGACGAAGAGAUGUCUGGAGAUUAAAAAUGGAAAACUUCUAAUGCAGCAGUGCUCUGGCCAAAGAUGGAACAUUCAAAACAUAAUUAAAGCAUUUUAACACCAGGACCGCCAGCAAUUUUGGGCCCCCUGCGAGCGACUGAGUCUGUCAGGCCGUCAUAUGUAAUUUCAAUGUUUGUGCUCAUAAACACACAAUUAAUUUUUUUGAUGAAGUUAUCAUAAAUUACAAUAAAUACAACUUACUUUAAUGUACAAACAAAAUAUCACAGAGCAUAGAGCUGGAUUGGCAACCUUUUAAUUGUCUCAUGUCAAUUCACAAUAUUUGUUGGCUUUUUUAUAGUGGGCAGUUUUUUUGUCUUUUCUUUUUACUGCUGUUCCACGUCUUCCGUCGCUAAAAUACAUUCUACAAAAAUAAAUAAUAAAUAACUUUUAGUCUAUUAAUAUUGUUGACUAUAUUAGGAUAUGCAUUUUAAUUAAACAAUGCAAAAAGAGAUAAACACCGAAAUAAUGAGAGGAAACAUUUUUUUAAUGAUGCUCCUCCUCCUGCUCCUCUCAGAAACUGGAUUUCUUUCCAGGAGAGAAGGGUCUUAUUCUGCUUGCAGUGGGUGUUGAUCUGACACUGCCUUCCUUUCGGCUCUUGUGGCUGCUGUGGCUUCAUGGGCACCGAUGUCAG